UCAUAUAUAUUUUUAUCAAAGGGAGAGGAACCUAGAGUAGGGAGAAAUUAUACUCUAACACACACCCACUAACACCCCACAAAAAGUGUUUAACCUAAAAUAUCUUCAAAAUUGAACCGAAUAUCGGUAAGAAUGUAUGAUAAACGCAUUUUACGGGUAUAAAUAUGGACUAAAGUCACAGAGGAUUUCUCGUGAACUUCAUAUUUCAUACUUUAUAUGGCUCUUCCACGUAGAUUUCUCUCCGGCAACCACUCAUCACCGAAUCCACCGUCGCCGACGAAGACGGCGGCGACGGAGCCACCGUCGUCGUCAGCAACUCCGGAGUCUGAUUUUAUAGUCAUCCUAGCGGCGCUACUGUGCGCCGUGAUAUGUGUGGUAGGGCUUGUUAUGGUAGCUAGGUGUGCGUGGCUCCGGAGGAUCCGCGCCGGGGCAAACGGCGGCGCAAGCGGACAGCCGUCGUCGAACAAAGGCCUGAAGAAGAAAGUGCUCCGGUCGCUGCCGAAGUUCACUUACGGCCCCUCCUUCGCCGCCGCCGCCGAGAAGGAAAUCCCGGCGGAUUGCGCCAUAUGCCUGACGGAGUACGAGGAAGGCGACGAGAUCCGAGUGCUGCCGCAGUGUCGCCACGGCUUCCAUGUGCAAUGCAUCGACACCUGGCUCGGGUCCCACUCCUCCUGCCCCUCGUGCCGGCAGAUCCUCGUCGUCGCCCGCUGCCGGAAGUGCGGCUGCAAGGAAAUUCCGUCGGUCUCGCCCGCCGGAGCCGGGGAACAAUCUCAAAGCGCCAUUAAUAUUCUACUUUAACUGGAAAUAGUUCAAUUGUAGCAUGUAAUCUGACAAUUCAGUUUAUGCGAGGGUGGGAGCAAACAAUUCCGGCAUGGCCACGCCAUCUGAGAACUCCGGCUUGUCUAGUAACAGCUCCGCCGUUAGCGGAGGAGCUGCGGCCUUGAUUGUAGUUCCGGGUAUUCGGGUAGGGUUUGGCAGGGGAAGAAGAGAUGUCAAUCACCGUUCAAACUCUCCUUGAUUAGGAUUUGCGUAUAUAAGUUGGCACUGUACAUAGUAGUCAAAGUAUAUAUAAAAAUGAAUUGUCUUUGUACUUUUGUGUGAGAGAUCUAAA